GUCGCUGCAGUCCCUGCCACCGCCACAUUCAACAGGCAGCAGCGCCGCUGUCGCGCGGCCGCGGGGAGAAGGAGCGAGCGGCCCGCGGCGUCCGCCCGUCUGCUCUUGCGUCCGCGGCCCUGUCAGCAGGAGCGUGGCGCCCGAGCUGCCGGGCCCCGCGGCCUGGUCCGUGUCCCGUCCAAGCCACGAACUCGGAGGAUCCUGAACCCGCGGUGGCCCAGCAGCGAAGUUAAGUUCUGGGCGCGUCCGUCCGCCGCGGCGCGCCUCGCUCCGGCGUGCGUCCGCUGACCGCGGUCCCAAAUCUCGGAGCGACUCUCCGGUCGCCCCGCUCCGCGCCCCCGGUGGCCGCGGCUCCCGGUCCUUUCUGCUGGUGGGGGAGGGGCGGGGGUCACCAUGGCCGAAGCGCCCCAGGUGGUGGAGACCGACCCGGACUUCGAGCCGCUGCCUCGGCAGCGCUCCUGCACCUGGCCGCUGCCCAGGCCGGAGUUUAACCAGUCCAACUCGACCACCUCCAGUCCGGCGCCGUCGGGCGGCGCGGCCACCAACCCCGAUGUCAGGGCGACCCUGGCCUCGGCGUCCGCUGUCAGCACCGACUUCAUGAGCAACCUGAGCCUGCUGGAGGAGAGUGAGGACUUCGCGCGGGCGCCCGGCUGCGUGGCUGUGGCGGCCGCGGCAGCUGCCAGCAGGGGCCUGUGCGGGGACUUCCAGGGCCCCGAGGCGGGCUGCGUGCACCCGGCGCCGCCGCAGCAACCCCCGCCGACCGGGCCGCUGGCGCAGCCUCCACCCGUGCCCCCCGCCGCCGCCGGGCCACUCGCGGGACAGCCGCGCAAGAGCAGUUCCUCGCGUCGCAACGCGUGGGGCAACCUGUCGUACGCCGACCUCAUCACCAAGGCCAUCGAGAGCUCGGCCGAGAAGAGGCUCACCCUGUCGCAAAUCUACGAGUGGAUGGUGAAGAGCGUGCCCUACUUCAAGGAUAAGGGCGACAGCAACAGCUCGGCCGGCUGGAAGAAUUCAAUUCGUCAUAACCUGUCCCUUCACAGUAAGUUUAUCCGUGUACAGAAUGAAGGAACUGGAAAAAGUUCUUGGUGGAUGCUCAACCCAGAGGGAGGCAAGAGUGGAAAAUCCCCUCGGAGAAGAGCUGCGUCCAUGGACAACAACAGUAAAUUUGCUAAGAGCCGGGGUCGAGCUGCCAAGAAAAAAGCAUCCCUCCAGUCUGGGCAGGAGGGUCCCGGGGACAGCCCUGGGUCUCAGUUUUCUAAAUGGCCUGCAAGUCCUGGGUCCCAUAGCAACGAUGACUUUGAUAACUGGAGUACAUUUCGUCCUCGAACCAGCUCAAAUGCUAGUACGAUCAGUGGGAGGCUUUCUCCCAUCAUGACGGAACAGGAUGACCUAGGAGAUGGGGAUGUGCAUUCUCUGGUAUAUCCACCUUCUGCUGCAAAGAUGGCUUCCACUCUGCCCAGUCUGUCUGAAAUCAGCAAUCCUGAAAACAUGGAAAACCUUUUGGAUAAUCUCAAUCUUCUGUCAUCCCCAACGCCUUUAACUGUAUCAACCCAGUCUUCGCCUGGCAGCAUGAUGCAGCAGACACCUUGCUAUUCGUUUGCACCGCCAAACACCAGUCUGAAUUCACCCAGCCCAAACUACUCAAAGUACACGUAUGGCCAGUCCAGCAUGAGCUCCUUGCCCCAGAUGCCCAUGCAGACUCUUCAGGACAGCAAAUCCAGUUAUGGAGGACUGAACCAGUAUAACUGUGCACCAGGACUCUUAAAAGAGCUGUUGACUUCUGACUCUCCUCCCCACGGUGAUAUCAUGUCACCAGUUGAUCCUGGAGUAGCCCAGCCCAACAUUCGGGUCCUGGGCCAGAAUGUGAUGAUGGGCCCUAAUUCAGUCAUGCCAGCCUAUGGAAGCCAGGCAUCUCAUAACAAAAUGAUGAACCCCAGUUCCCACACCCACCCUGGACAUUCACAGCAAACAUCUUCAGUCAAUGGGCGCGCCCUGCCCCACGGGGUGAACCCCAUGCCUCACACGCCUGCCAUGAACCGCUUGACCGCUGUGAAGACACCGUUACAAGUGCCUCUGUCCCACCCCAUGCAGAUGAAUGCCCUGGGUGGGUACUCCUCUGUGAGCAGCUGCAAUGGCUAUGGGAGGAUGGGUGUCCUCCACCAGGAGAAGCUCCCAAGUGACUUGGAUGGAGUGCUCAUCGAGCACUUGGACUGUGACAUGGAGUCCAUCAUUCGGAAUGACCUCAUGGAUGGAGAUACCUUGGAUUUUAACUUUGAUAAUGUGUUGCCCAACCAAAGCUUCCCACACAGUGUCAAGACUACGACACACAGCUGGGUGUCAGGCUAAGAGUUAGCGAGCAGGCUACGUUUAAAAGUACUGCAGAGUGUCUGACAGAUGGAACUGAGAGAAGCAGUCCAAAGAUGCCCUUCACCCUCCUUUUAGUUUUCUUGGUUUAAAAAAAAAAAAAAUCCUUUUUUUCCUUUCAUCAGACUUGGCAGCAGAGCCACCUUCCUGUACAGGAUGUUUGCCCAGCGCUUGCAGGUUAUGUGCUCCUGCAGAUAAGGACUGUGCCGCUGGGAACCAUUGCAAUGACGUGCCAAACUCACUACACCGUGUAAUUGCAGAAAAGACUCAGAUCCUGGCGUGCUUUCAAGUUUUGUAUAUAUGCAGUAGACACAGAAUUGUAUUUGUGUGUGUGUGUGUGUAUUUUUAAUAUCUACUUGGUCCAAGGAAAGUUUAUACUCUUUUUGUAAUACUGUGAUGGUCUCAUGUCUUGAUAAACUUUGCUUUGUACUACCUGUGUUCUGCGAAAGUGAUGAAUCACGAACUAAGAUCUCCAUUCUGCACCUCUGCUGAAUGACUUACCAUCUUGCCACAGGAUUCGUUGAGAAACAAGUAGCCUGUGAUCAAUCUGCUGAAUAAGUGGACUUGUGAAACUUUGGGGCAGAAUAAGAUUAAGUGCCAGCUUUGUACAGGUCUUUUCUAUUAUUUUUGUUGUUGUUUAUUUUGUUAUUUGCAAAUUUGUACAAACACCUUAAAAUGGUUCUAAUUUCCAGAUAAAUGACUUUUGAUGUUAUUGUUAGGACUUGAUCAUUUUUGGAAUAGAUAUUGAACUGUAAUGUUUUCUUAAAACUAGAGUCUACUUUGUUACAUUGUCUGCUUGUAAAUUUGUGAAAUCAAAGGUAUUUGGGGGCAGCAUUCAUAAUUUUCACUUUGUAUUUCUAACUGGAUUAGUACUAAUUUUAUACGUGCUUCACUGGUUUGUACACUUUGAGAUGCUACCUGAUGAUGUUUCUGACUAAUCCUAAAUCAUUGUAAUUAGUACUUGCAUACACAAUGUUUCUGGCCCUGUUUGAGCAGGAAAGUGAUGUAUAUUUACAUAUACUUUGUGUUUUGUAUGUAGAAGAAUUUAAUAUGUUUUUAUGUGUGUAUUUUAAAGAACUUUUACCUGCUCCUAUUACCCAGUGAAUUGUGUGCAGCGCAUAGCAGCAAGUCUUGAGGUGGGUGUCCCAUGUCACGUUCUUAGAGCUGCUCCGGGUAGGCCCUUCCAAACAGAUGCCCUGUGUCACAUUGUCACAGUUCCCGAGGGGAGGCCACAGCAGAUUGAUGCCUUGUUCCUUCAGGGAAGCCUCCUGUCUGUGGGCCAGGAAAGGAGAACUUCUCCUAGAAUGACGUUCCUUUGUCUAGCUGGGGUUUUCUUCAUCAUCUGAGCUCUUGGUUUUUAUCCAGGUUGGAAAGAAUCAUGUCACUUCUCAGUCUCCGUCCCUGUUCGCUGGCUCUAAACAGUGUACACCUAAGGAGGACGUUUGAAAACAGGACUUGGGUGAUUUACGUAGUGCUUUGUAUUCUUUACCACAUGGCAUAGAACUAGUUAAAAAUUGAGACAAUAAACUCGAAAGCCAACCAGUAUAAGUGUACAUUUAUUUUGAACUCUUAAGAAUUUGAGAGGUGUUUUUUGGCCUUGAGCAGCCUAACUUGUAUCUCAAACAUUAAACUUUAAUACUUUCUCGUUACCUGUAACUGAAAGACCAGAAUAAUUGGUUUUGCCUCCCAUUCCAUCCAUCAACAUUUCCAAGUCCUGUUGAGUGCCUGAAGCUACUGCAAACUGAGGAAUAUGUGUACAGCAGCUUUCCUCUUUGCCUUGAGAAGGCCUGGUUCUGUGUACAAAGCCCAAAUCAGAUCUGCUGGUUUUUAACGUGUUAUUUACCUCCCCUUUUGCUUAGUAUUUCUUCUGUGCGUGUUAACAAGAAAACAGAUAUUCCUGAUUUUCACUGUUGGUUAGCUUUGUCAUAAGCUUCCUGCUGGGACUUUUUGUUUGUUUUGUUUUUGUUUUGUUUUGUUUUGUUUUUGACUACUGCACCUCUGAUCAUCAUCUUGGUUCGGCACUCUAAAACAGGGCUCAUUUUAGAAGCCUUAGUUCCUCCAGUCAGAGUAGAACUCAGUGGUGUCAAAGAACUUAGGUCUCACUUUUUCUCUUUCCUCUGCCAUUUCUUCAUUGCAGAAAGAGCCUCUGCAUUUAAUCAUUCAACACAGAGGUGACUACAACCGUAAUAAUCAGUGGUAGACUUGGGGAUGUUGCUGAGUGACUUGGAGGCUUGUCUUCCUCCUGAAGCUGCAUAAAUCUCAGCCCCCAGCUUCCUUAAUGUUAAGAUCAUAACGUGAAUGAAUCAUGUGUAGUUUUCUGGGGUACAGUGAAGUCCAGGAAAGACUUUGUGUCUCUUAAAAACAAACAUUGUGUGGCCUCUGGGAGUCCUUUUCUGUACGAAUGCUCACUUUCUAGAGUACCUGGUAUAUUAUUGUACAUGAUUGCUUUGUGAAAUGAUUUCACCUUUGCAGCCUUGGUUGAUUUAUUUCCUUUGGUUUGUACUGUUAUUCAAAGCAUAUUGUAUUAUAGAGCUAUUCGGAUAUUUUAAAUAUAAAGAUGUAUUGUUCCCAUAACGUAGAUGAAUGGAAUAUAUUUGAGUGAUAAAUGUAUGACAUGGAGAGUUCUGUUGGGACAAACUGAGUCUAAAUUAAUUACCAAAUACAGCGAAUCCUGGAAUAUAACAAGAAGGGAUAAAGACACUUAAAAUGGAAACCGUUCCCCAAAGGUGUACAAUUUGAACUUGUUCAACUGCUGAAUAUAUGCGCCCCCCCCCCAAAAAAAAACACCUUGGAAUUCUUAGUUAACAGCUCUUAAGUGAAAAUUGUCUCUGGCUUCAACUGGGGAGUGAUCAUUCAGUGUCAUGUGCAUCAUGGUUGAUGCACACAGAGCAGCCUGGCGCUGCGGCCAGCGGUAGCCAUGUAAGUUCCAUCAGGAUAGUCACACCCUCCCACACCUGACUGAGUAACCGUGCAGAUUCCAUGGUCCUGUUCCAAUACUAUCUGAGAAGUGCCUGAUGAUGAUGAUGUACUUACAGAUACAAGAACAAUCUUUACUAUAAUUGUAUAAAGCCAUAAAUGUACAUAAAUUAUCUUUACGUGGC